UUUGGUAAUGUGGGUCUCCACUCCAUGAGGUACCUGCACAGGUUUGGAGCCAAGUGUGUGGGCAUCGGUGAGAUUGAUGGAGCAAUCUACAACUCCGAGGGCAUCGACCCCAAACAGCUGGAGGAAUACAAACUGCAACACGGCACCAUUGUGGGCUUCCCAGGAGCCAAACCCUACGAAGGGAACAUUUUGGAAGCAGACUGUCACAUCCUGAUCCCUGCUGCUGGAGAGAAGCAGCUUACACGUGUCAACGCCCCCAAGAUCAAGGCUAAGAUCAUUGCUGAAGGAGCCAAUGGUCCCACCACCCCAGAUGCUGACAAGAUCUUCCUGGAGAACAACGUCAUGGUUAUUCCUGACAUGUACCUGAAUGCUGGCGGUGUGACAGUGUCUUAUUUCGAGUGGCUGAAGAAUCUCAACCAUGUCAGCUCUGGAAGACUGACCUUCAAAUAUGAGAGGGACUCAAACUACCACCUGCUCAUGUCUGUGCAGGAAAGUUUAGAGAGGAAGUUUGGCAAGCAGGGAGGGCCCAUCCCUGUCGUACCUACUGCUGACUUCCAGGCCCGAGUUGCUGGUGCCUCUGAGAAGGAUAUUGUUCACUCUGGGUUGGCCUACACCAUGGAGAGAUCUGCCAGGCAAAUCAUGCGCACAGCAAGCAAGUACAACCUGGGUCUGGAUCUCCGGACGGCCGCCUACGUCAACGCCAUCGAGAAGGUCUUCAAAGUGUACAACGAGGCGGGGCUUACCUUCACAUAAAUGGCUAAUCACGAUCCACACCCCCCCGCCCUCCUGCUAUUGAUAACCCUCUAGGGCCUUCAAAACAUAUCACUGUUUACCGCUGCUCCUUGGCUCUUUCUCUCUCUCUCACUCACACACACACACACACACACACACACACACACACACACACACACACACACACACACACACAGGCUAUCCUGGUAUAUUCCCUGUGAUCUUUGUGCUGCCAUUAUACUGUAUCUGCAUCUCUGUUUUAAUGUUGCCCUGUUCUUGUUUUGGCCUGAGGUUAUAUUGAGGAAAAAGCAGACAGAGUACAAUCCUGUCCCCCG